AGUUCAAUGUCUCACCAUAGAACUAAGAGUGAUACAAAACAUGUACACAUGCGGGCACUGUCUUCCAAAGUGAAAAGCAAUUUGCAGAGCAUGGCUUCCUUUCACACAGACGAUGAAGUUUCAGAUGAAGGGGAGCUAACUAAAGAAGAUAUUAAAGAGAUUUACAAAGAGUUACAGGCAAUUAGUGAUAAGUUAAGGGAAGAAAAUCGUAUCCUCCAUGAGCGUGAAGCUAAGCUUAAAGAAAGGGAGAGAAUGCUGGUUAUAUCACAGGAGAGUUUGCAGACAGUCACAGACCACCAAGUUAAAGUUAAGGUUAUGUCCAUUGAGGAGAGAUAUACAGCAGAGCUAAAGCAACUAGACCAUGCACUAAAAGAAAAGACAAAAGAAAAUAAAAGGUUGAAAGAAAACUUUGAAACUCUCAAACAAGCAAAUGAUGUGAUGAAAAAAGAACUUGAGGCAGUGACUACCCAGAAUGCAAAGCUUACAAAAUCAUUGACAAGUUUACAAGCUAGAUUAGCUAAUUUACAAAGAAAGCAGGAGUAUGAAUUAAAGCUGAAGGACACAGAGGUGAUCAAACUGGCAAGUGAGGCCUACUCAGAACAAAAAGAACCAACUUCGGUAAAGCCAGGUGAUAAACCAGAAGAAAAGCCAAAAACUCCCAAGCAGAGCAAGAACACAAUUCAGGUGUACUCAUCAGCUCUGUCCACCCUGUUGGACUGGGUGUGUGAAGCUCACCUCAGGCAGGCCCUGACUGAUCUACCAACCAAACCAUCAGAGUCCUACUGCGCUCCAUCAUUCAUUCAAGAAAGGGUUUUAAAAGUUUUACCUAACCUUGUAGAAAUUCUACGGGAAAAUGCUGCCAAUGUCCGCUGUUGUCUCCCUUGCUUACAGUUUAUUUAUUGGUCACUUUUACACAUAGACCAGAUACAAACUCUCCAGAAUGUAAAUAUGUCCACUACAAUGAGAAGAAUUGGAGAAGAGGUUUACUAUCCAAAGUCUUCCAAAGUUACUGAGGUAGAGAAAAUAAUUGCCACGACGGCCACACUGAAUGAAAAGUUAAAGGAGCCUUUGUUUAUGAGGAGCACAAACAACCACAUCAGAUUGCUCUCUGCUUUAAUAGUUUUGAAAACUUUAUCAAGAGCUGAUGUUUUAGCCCAGGCGUUUGAUUUGUUGAAGACAGAGCUCAAGAAUGAUCAGUCUAAGGAGUUAUUUUUGUAUUAUCAAGCUACUGGUGUCAUCAUUUUCUUUAUGAAACCUGUCAAUAAGACGUUUAUUAAUGUGGCUGUUGAUAUUCUGCUUCAAUUGUCUGCCGAGUCCCCUUUUCAACAAACAUUUCUGGAAAGUUGCAGCAAUGAACACUUUUUCCGCUCUGCUGCCCUGCUCUUACGAACACCUCUGCCAGACAUCAGAGUUAUGGAGAGACUGAGCAUCAUCCUGCAAAAACUUUCAAAGUUAAAAUCCAACAAGCGCUUCUUUGAAACAUACACAAUUGUUGCUAUAAUUCAAGAGAUAUUAGUAAAUGGAGGCAAUGACAAUGCAUUUUUAAACCUCAACUUGAAAUCUAUUUUAUUCAAUCUAAAUGUCCCAGUCAAAACAUAGCUCAUGUUGCUUUUUUUACUAACCCAAGUGUACAUAACUCAUUAAAGAUAACUGCUAUACUCAUGUUUAAUUCUCUUUGUAUUCCUAUCAUUUGUUCUUGUACAGUUAAAUAUUCAUCUAUUAUCUUACAUAAUUGAUGAUUUGUAAAAUUUGUUUAAAAUAAGAAUUCUCUUAUUUUAUACUAAAUAAAAUUGUAUAUGUUAGUUAUUUAUUUCUGGCAUCCCUUUUAAAAACCCUACCAGUUAUGACUUUUUCUGGUUCCUAAUUAUUCAUAAGUUUUCUGUAUCACUCAUAAUAUAUUUAAAAUAAGGUGCUUAGUUAUUUUAGAAAAAAAGAAAAUUGCGCAUCAUGUACUAUGAUUAUUACUUAAAUUUGUGUCAAUCUUUUUU